UUCAACCUGGUGAUUCACCAGAGGAUUCAUACGGGAGAGAAACCAUAUGAGUGUCCAGAAUGUGGGAAAAGUUUCAGUCAGAAUUCCAAUUUGGUGAUUCACCAGAGGACUCAUACGGGAGAGAAACCAUAUGAGUGUCCAGAUUGUGGGAAAGGUUUCAGUCAGAAUUCCCACCUGAGGAUUCAUAUGGGAGAGAAACCACAUGAGUGUCCGGAUUGUGGGAAAGGUUUCAGUCAGAAUUCCCACUUGGUGAGACAUCGGGAAACUCACAUAGUAGAAAAACCAUAUAAGUGUUCGGAUUGUGGGAAAAGUUUCCAGGAUAAUUUCAAUCUGGUGAUUCACCAGAGGACUCAUACAGGAGAGAAACCAUAUGAGUGUUCUGAUUGUAGGAAAAGUUUCAGUCGGAAUUAUCACCUGGUGAGACAUCAGAAGACUCACACAGGAGAUAAACCAUAUGAGUGUGUGGAUUGUGGGAAAAGUUUCCAGGAUAAUUCCAACCUGGUGAUUCACCAGAGGACUCAUACAGGGGAGAAACCAUAUGAGUGUCCAGAUUGUAGGAAAUGUUUCAGUCAGAAUUCCCACCUAGUGGAACAUGAGAGGACUCACACAGGAGAAAAGCCAUAUAAGUGUCUUGAAUGUGGGAAAAGUUUCAAUCAGAAUUCCCAUUUGGUGAUACACUGGAGGACUCACACAGGAGAAAAGCCUAUGAGUGUCCUGAUUGUGGGAAAGAUUUCAGUACUAGGUCUAGCCUUAUAAAUCAUGUACGAUUACACAUAGGGGAGUAACCAUUCAAAUACCCAGAUCGCAGACGAAGAUUGUUUUGCACAAAAUUCCUUCUUUAUCACACACAAGAAAUUGCACUUGAAGCAAAAUUUGAUGUGUGUAGAGGAAUCUUGAGUUUUGUUUCUUGUCUCUCAUUUGAAACCCACCUGAGCAAUUUACCAUUUAAUUUCUGAUAUAUUUUUGGGAAUAAAAUGGAAUUUUAAAAUUUGAAUAUGUGACAAUGGAAGUGCAAUGGUUGUAAGAAUAAUGGUCAUAAGUGAUUUUUUUUCAGUGCUAUUGUAACUUCACAUGGUCACUAAAUGCAAUGUUAUAAAUCUCAGACUACCUCUACAUAAUUCAGUAUCAUAGGGGGGAUGGCCUCCCCUGGCAAUUCCAUGUAGAUGUGAAAAAGUAACAGGAACAGGCUUGGCCCCAGGGCCUUGUACCCACACUGGAACCAGCCACGGAGGUAGAAGUAGAACCACCGUAAUAAAAUGCCUCCCUUUUCCAGUCCCCCAAAGCAAGUUCAAAGGAUAUCCUGAUUAAUGGUAUGAAACCUGAUGGGAGGUAUAAGAGUGACAUAAUGGUUGUAAUCCCAUCUAUCUCAAACCCUCCAAUUGUCCAUGAGAAUUGCAACCAAUGGCAUUUGGGUGAUGUGCCCCAGUCUGAACCAAGAUUGAGAAUGGCCCAGGUGUCUUUCUCUUCCACAGCCCUUUCUCCAGAUAGCAAAGUCAGAGAUGCAAGCAGAGGGUGAGUUUUAGUCCCAAGGUGCCAACCUUUCCUUGCCCUCUUCAGCUGCACUUAUAAGUGAUCUUAAUCUGGAGCAAAGCCUUGGACUCCUCUGCCAGGAAAACCUCUCAUGAUUUUCUUAUGCAUUACAAACUGCUGUUGAAGGCAUAAAGCUGGCCAGGAUGCUAACUGUCCAGAAGGGGGAAAAAUUAUUCUUCCAGCCCUCUCUUGAGUCUGUAAAGAAAUAUGGGUAGUUAUGGGUUGUGACAGCAAUUGGUGCCAGAAUUUCCAUUGUUAUGCAAUGUGGUUAUAAAAGAUGACAUCCCGUGAACACAUUGCUUAGUGAGGGAAAUCCUAGCACUUCCAGGUUCAUUAUAAUUCCAACAUCCCGUGGGUUAUUAAGUGAGGACCUCAUGUGAUUUGAAUGUGGGAAGGAGUCCCAAACAAGCAGGUGAGAGCUUCGAGCAAGUGGGUGGUCUCCAGGCCUGCUCCCUUCUGGGUCUGGGAGAGGAAUUGAGAGGAAACUAUUAAAGCCCAGGACUUUUUAGGUCAGAUUUCAACGAAUUAGUGCCCUACAAAUGUUUUCUCAAACUGCCUGGGAAUAUUUAAUGGUGGAAAUCUUAACUCCUCUGGAAAUUGGGAAGGCUGCUCAGAGGAAUUUUGCCCUCUAGUGAGAUUUAGGUCCUGCAAGGAUGCAGAUGGAGAAAUAAUAUCUCCCAUCUAGAUGUGUUUGGAAGCAAUGUGAGGUGGGGGGAAAUUCAACGUUUUGUCCCACAUUUUAUCCUUUUAUUCUCUCCGUUGCAAAGGUAGUUUGGGGGCAUUAUUCUGCAUUCCCAAGAGCAAGAACUGGCUGGAAUAGCCUCCAUGGAUCCCCAAGGGAGGUGCACUUUCUUGUUGCCUAAUGGCACAUUGUGUUCCCCCCACGAUGCUUUCCCUUGGUUCUUGCCAAAAAGCUCUGGGCUCACUUGCAGUGAGGAUGUGGGUAUCCCUGUGACACCCAAAAGAACAGACUGAGGCUAGAUCAUCCUGGAGAAAAGUUAUGGAUUUGAUUGCUAAGACAGGAAAACUCACUUCAUUAAAAAAAAAACCUUAAAGCAUCAGAUAGGGAGAUAAUGGGUUUAUUUUCAGUCUUAUGUCACAAGAUGGAGCUGUGACACCACACCAGGCCUGGAAAAGUGCCAAUCUCAUAAACCUUGGUGAUAGCUGAGAUCUGACAUCCAAUGGAAGUGAAAGAGUUAAAACCAGCUAAUUUUGCUGGUUUUGCUAGAAGAAAUGUGGAGAUGUAUAAAAAUGAAUUUUUUUAAAUUAAAAAAAUAGGAUUUUUAAAUCUGAUUUUUUAUUUUUAAUCAAAUGUAUUUUUAAAAAGUGCUUUUGGAGUAAAAAAAUCUAUCAAGAUACUUUUCUGUUUAAGAGGCAUUCAUAAUUUAGUUUAUUCAGCAUGAAAUGGAGCUUAGUUAUGUAGCAUGAGGCUGUAUGUUCUGCAAUAUUUACAUUUUGGUAAACUCAUUCAAUGAAUCCAAGCUCCGCAAGCUAAACAGGAAACCUUCAUAUUUUCCAAAUAAUAAUAUUAAAGUUUCUAACUACCAGAAAGAAUUAGUCCUUACGUUUAAAGAGCACCU